ACACGAAAACGCAAGUCUAGACGAAAGGAAGGGUAUAGACGUAAGGCUAGAACAAAGCAGCGCAUGGAAGUAACAAUUAAACCUUCACUCGGGGAUAUGAACCCAGAUAUACUGAUGCAGAUUAUUGACAGCGCACACGAGAUCGGUAUAUACGAUAUUGGCCAUACAUUAGCACAGGUGAAUAGGUAUUUAGCUAGCAUUGUGAAGUUGUAUUCCAGGUCUUUUUCAGCUCUGACACUUGAAGUGAGGAAUAAUAUAGCCAGAACACUUAGAAAAUUCCACUUUAAUCAAAUGAGAAGCAAUAGCAACAACAUUGAUAGGUUAAAACUCGAUGUAUUCUCUAAUACAGGUUUCACGCAACUUUACAACACAGGUCUCUUCAGUUUAAUCAACGACUCAAGACCAUUGAAGAAUCUAUCAUUGAUUGGUCUAUGUCAAGAUUUUAGACCUCAUAUUCCAGUCGAAGCGGAGGAAAUAAGCAUUGAUAACACGUGGGAUAACUCGUUAGUACCUCAAUACGCCGUGAUCUGUUUAUACUCUAGAAAUACAAGAUCAUGUAAGCGUUUAUCCUUGAAAAAUGUCACUAUCGAACGAGACACAUAUGACGUGAUAACGAACUGUAAGAAUCUCAAGUUAGAAUAUACAGAUAAAUGUCCACGAGGCUUUAACAGUCAACAUUUUCGAGCCAAUCGUUCAGGUUUAUCGGGUACUGUUUUGGCAGUAACGAGUCUAUUCAAUAAUCUCAAAUCAUUCACUAUUAUCAAUUCAACCGAUCAGAUGUUCUUUUCAACAUGUACAUACCAAGUCAGAGGCUUUCCCGUAAGUACGAUGGAUGAAUUGGAGGAACUUCAUCUAGUACGAGUGAAUACAUUUAUAUGUAAGAUACGAACAUGCAAACUCAAGAAAUUAAAGUUAGAAGGUUGUACAGAUCUUGAAAAUCAAUUCAGGAAACUUAACCCUCGAUUGAGAUUCCUCUCAUUAGCUCAUAGUCGUUUUGGCCGCAUAACAAGACUCGUGAGGUAUGAUUUACUACGGUGCGUAGAGUUGCAGACACUCGAUUUGUCAUAUGCCGAUGACGAAUUUGUCGAUAUAUUCGUCAAAGACAAAAAAUAUCUUCGUGGAUUGAAAGAGCUCGUCAAUAUAAACUUCAGUGGAACAAAUGUAGAAGGACAAGACGUACUCAGCUGUGUUAGAAGACAUUAUCCGGACUUUGAACAACUGAAAGCUAUUAAUUGUCCGAAUAUUACUAUCGAAGAGCAGUUAGAAUUGAUUGAAAACGUACCGCUUUGUCAAGUCGACAUUAACCAACACGUCAAUAGAGAGCUUGUCUUCGAGAAUCCACAUCCCUCAGCUUACUUAUACAAGAGAAGCAGAUGGUUAUAUAUUGGACAUCACGGUUCAUAUUAUCGACAAGCUCAAUAUACAGAAAUUGAGUUUCCACAAGUGAUGCCACCACCUCCAAAUGAAAUACACGAUACCCCUACAGAGGAGCUAGCUAGAUACGAAUGGCGUAGAUGCACACCUCCAUCACCGCCUGUAACGUAUAACAGCAUUGUAGAUGAAAAUACCUCAAGAGCAUGA